CUUUUGCUCUAUCUUUCUCCUAUUCCUUUCUCUGCUUUCAAUAUUAUUUUAUAACAAAAAUUAUAUUUUAAGCCUAUUACGAUAACUCAAAGUCAAGUGACUCGUACUGACUCGGUCCAAGAACUCGGUGUAGGCCUUAGGUUUCUCUCCCGGGAAAAUUCACAAGGAAAACAUUCUCAAUUCCCAAUUACAUUUUACUUUUUCCAUUAACAAUUCCCGAUCGUGAUUCCAAUGCUUCAUCGAAAUUAGAAUUUUGAUUAGGAUUGGUGUACAAGAAUUGAAAAUUUGGCAUGGCGGACGCGUACUGGAAUCGACAGCAACCGAUGAUGCACCCAUCUGGGGGUGUGCUUAAACGACCUCGUAUGGAUUACGAUCCUUCCAUUUCUGGCCAGCCUUCAGGCCACGAGAUGCACAAGUAUUUUGCACAUGAUGAUGACCAUGAUGGAAAUAGGGUAAGGGACACAAAGACAAUUGGAUCAGCGUAUGACCACUAUCUCCCGAUUGCGCAAAAUCCUUCGUUUGCUUCUGGAGAACCUAAUAUGCAUGGUGGAUUAGGAAGGGGUUUUGUUGGUGGUAUGCAAAAUGUUCCAACAACUGACCAUCCUAACAUGGCACGUCAAGGGGCUGUUAUACCUGAUUUUGCACGGAACGGUCGAACUGCUAGUUUUGAAGAUCAGCUCCCAAUGGAGGCAGCAGCUAGGCCAGGACAGGCAUUAGCCCCUUUACCUUCAGAUGCUUCUAGCACUUUGUAUGUUGAAGGACUUCCUUCUGACUGCACUAGGAGAGAAGUUUCCCAUAUCUUUCGACCUUUUGUGGGAUAUAAAGAAGUGAGAAUAGUGAGCAAAGAGUCCAGACAGCGUGGUGGAGAUCCUAUCAUCCUCUGUUUCGUUGAUUUUGUAAAUCCAGCAUGUGCUGCAACUGCCAUGAGUGCCUUACAAGGUUACAAAUUGGAUGAACACAAUCCAGAAUCGAGUUUUUUGAGGCUGCAGUUUUCCCGGUUCCCUGGUCCAAGAUCUGGUGGCACUGCAUCGCGGGGUAAGAACGUCAGGUGAACAAACUUUUAGGUACUGAGACUGAGAGACCACUACUGACCACUGGUUUCACACACAAUUUUUUUUUUUCAAUGUAUUCCUCAUUUUUCGGAAGUUUCAUAUAGCACAUUGUACCCAAACCCAAACUUGAGCAAAAUCGUUCGUGCAGGCCUUGAUUGGUGACACACAACACUUUUGAAAAUGCAUUUUGUAACUAGGGCUUACAGUUUACAAGAGUUUCAAUUAUUUAAUGUAGCACACAAAUCACUUUAUGACUAUUUUCUGUUUUGCCAA